UGGCACGCGAAGCAGUCGCAAGUGCUGAUAGGAAUCCACACAGCUGACGAGUGUCUACAGAUUCACGGAGAGUCGAAAAUGGUGUCCAAGUCGGUGACGAUCGCGUGGUUGUGCGUUGUUGUGGGUUUAACACUCUGUGGCGUGCAGGCGGAUGUUUCGCACGUUGUGGGCCAGGAAAAUCCCGUCACGGAUGUGUGCCUUUCGUGCAUCUGUGAGGCGUCCAGCGGUUGCGAUGCCUCCGUCCGCUGCAGUGGCGACGUCUGUGGAAUGUUCCGGAUCACCUGGGCGUACUGGGCCGACGCCGGGAAGCCGGUCCAGUCGGGCGAUUCCCCCGACUCGCAGCAAGCGUACGCGAAUUGCGCCAACGAACCGUACUGUGCCGCCCGUACCGUGCAGGGCUACAUGAGGAAGUUCGGACAGGACUGCAACGGGGAUGGUGUCAUCGAUUGUUUCGAUCAUGCGAUCAUCCACAAAUUAGGUGGAUACAACUGCAAAAACCAGGUCCCGAUCGUCUACCAGUCCAAAAUCGACGAGUGCAUCCAGCGGAAGGCCGUCGAGUACGGGGCUGGCCAGCAGCAGUAGGAUUAGGGCCGAUCGUGCCAUGGAUCACGCACGCAUUCAUCGAGAAAGUCCGUCGGACCUUCUUUCAAUAUUUAUAAUAGCCUAAGGGUCAUCUCUCUAUAUGCUUUGCCACGCACCUCAGCCUUAGGGGCGAAGCUGGCGAAGUGGCAACAAUGAAGCACAAUGAUAAACGCUCAACCAUUUUUCUUUAAUUUCUUGGCUUUUGGCCGUAUUUUUAUUUUUAACAUAUUUUUAUUUUUCAAAAGCUAGUUCUGGUAGUUACGGGGAAGUGGGUUUGGUUUGGGGAGUUUUCUCCACAAUCUCUUGUCGCGAUUUAAAAAGGUAACUUUGUAAUAAAAUCAAAACAC